AUGCUGCCCUGUUUCCCUGUCUCACAGUCAACCAACUUAGACUUCUUUGUGGACAUACACGCGCAUUCGACGCUGACCAAUGGCUUCAUGUACGGCAACAUGCAUGAGGACGAGGAGCGCAAUGAACGGGAGUCCCUGUUGCCUCACCUGCUGAGUCGUUGUGCUGAAGACUUUAGCCUCUCACAGACCGACUUCAACAAUCAUUCCAUAAAGGCCGGCACGGGUAGACGGUUAGUAUUUCUCACUUUAAACCUUUUUUUCACUUAAAAUAGGAUCCCUAUGGGCGACGUUGGAACAGAAACUGACUUUGUCAGGGUGUAAAGUAGAAAAGAUGGAAUGGUUCAGAAUCCCAGAGGCGCCGUCUGUUGCAUGCAGUACCCUCCUGCAACCGAUACGUGCGACACUCGUCUGGCUGAUUACUCCUCAUCUCAUUGGAUGUGACAUGGGCGGGCGGUGCAUCAAUGAGGACGUUGAUCGAUGAUCAACUUACUGGAGUUUAAGAGUCGGGCUUUCAAUCUGGGGUUGAGGCCGUACUGAUUGGCGACGGCCGAUAGGAAGAAAACAAGCAUUAUAAUGCACGCAAUCAUUGUCGGCAAGUUAUUAUCCCAAAUACAGUGCGUGACCGAUCUCAUGAAAUGUUAGCCGAAAUUCUGAAAUGCGUUUUCUAUUAGGAAGGGUUAAUUAGAUGUGGUUGUAAUAUUGACUAGCAUGCAGCGUAACCCUAUAGCAUUUCGGACUCAGCAGGAUGUCGGCUUUUGAAUGCACCCAUCUUUGACCUCCUGCAGAAACCACACUUGGUGAAAAGUGGCUACUUAAGUAGCAUGUAUUUCUCCUAUUGAUUUUCGACGGUCUUUAAAUUUAAGUAUAUUUUAUAGAAACCAUGCACAAAAGUAUACUUUCUUCUACUCGUUUCGUAGAAAAUCACAUUUUCUUCAUAUUUUCUACCCGAAAAUAGUGUGAAUUUGGGUUUCAAAAAGUUCAUAAUUAUGGGAUUUUUAAGACCGUGUGACGUCUAUGCAUACAGGACCAAACAUGUCCGUUUACCAAUGCUCCUCAUGAAAUGUACAACAAAUUCCGGAUCCAUUGGGAAAUUUUGUGAACUUUAUAUGGCAUCUUCUUAAAGGCAUAUAGAAAUAUAUAAUUUUCUUUACGCCCGAAGCAUGCAUCUUGUAGACUGAAAUUGCUAAAAGCCAAUGCAAUGGCAGAUCAGACUCGAAAUUAGUCGGGAGUUGGGAAACUUAUUCAAAACCUAAAUGUGCACUUUCGUCGGGUAUAACAUAUGAAGACAAUGUGAUUUUCUACAGAAAGAGUAAAAAAGGCCUAUUUUGUGCACGUUUUCUAUAAAAUCUAUUUGAAUUUCUAAAACAAUUAGAAAUUAAUACGAAAUGUGCAUGCUACUUAAGUAGUCACCUUUCACCAAGUGUGGUUUCUGCGGGAGGUCAAAGAUGGGUGCAUUCAAAAGCCGACAUCAUGGUGAGUUCAAAAUGCUAUAGGAUUAUGCUGCAUGCUAAUCAAUGUUACAACCCCACUUAAUUAAUCCUUCCUAAUCGAAAACGUAUUUCAGAAUUUCGGCUAACAUUUCAUGAGAUCGGCCACGCACUGUAUAUCUCUAGAUCAAUAGAUAAGACGGUAGAAGUGGACACUAGUGACAGCGAAACUUGUACGCUCCUUUGUUUCUAUCAACAACACUGUUGUUUGAACUUGAGGGCGUUACAGGCAAGUUUGUCUGCUGUGUCUGCUUAAACAUUCACUGAAAGACUAUUUCGAUGUCGCAGUUUUUAUAAAUUUGAAAAAAACUCGCAGAUGAUAAUUCUGGAAAUUACUAUUUCCCUGUUCAUCUCACCAUAUUUCCGGCCUACAUACUCAUCCCGAUUUCCUCGGGUUCACGCGUCUUGCGGUACUGCUGGACUAAGUCUAAAAACUACUAUUUAUGUCAAGACCGUUAGGUGGGCGCAUUUGCCAAAGUUCGCGAACUAGAACAAUAAAUUAAUACAUAAGUCAAGUGAUGGUCUCUUCUGGCUUAUUAUAUACAGUGCGUGACCUAUCUCAUGAAAUGUUGGCUGAAAUUCUGAAAUGCGUUUUCGAUUAGGAAGGAUUACUUGGUCGCGGUUGUGAUACUGAUUAUCUUAAGGCAUACUCUUAUAACAUUUUAGACUCGGCAGGAUGUCGGCUUAAAAAUGCAAUUCUUUUCAAUCUCCUGUAGAAAGCGUGCUGGGUAAAAAAUGACUACUUAAGUAUCAUGCAUUUUUCCCAUUGAUUUUUGAUGGUUUUGAAAAUUUGAAUAUAUCUUAUAGAAACCACAAACAAAAAUGUGCUUUCUUUUGGUCAAUCAAUAGAGAAUCACGUCUUCUUUAUAUUUUACACUUAAGGAAGGAGUAUAAUUAGGUUUUAAAAAUGUUUCUAAUUAUGAGACUUUUUAAGACCGCGAUAUGUCCAUUCAAAUAGCAUCAUAGCUGGCCGUUUACCACUGCUCCUCAUGAAAUGUACAACAUGGUCCGCAUCCAUUGCGAAAUUUUAUGCACCCUGUAGGAUAUCUCUUUAAUGACAUAGAAAAAUAUGGGAUUUUCUUUACGCGGAACGCAUGCACCUCGUAGAGUGUAAUCACUAAGCGCUAAUGCAACGAAUGAUCAGGCUCCAAAUUUUUCGGCAAUUAGAAAACUUUUUUAAAACCUAAUUAUACUCCUUCCUUAAGUAUAAAAUAUAAAGAAGACGUGAUUCUCUAUUGAUUGACCAAAAGAAAGCACAUUUUUGUUUGUGGUUUCUAUAAAAUAUAUUUGAAUUUCAUGAGAUAGGUCACACACUGUACGCGUUGUUAGCUGUUUGCACAUAGAAAUACAGAAACCGACUUGCGCUGUGCGUUUAUAGUUGUUCAAUCUAUACUGAAUAAAUGUAAGUAGAAAGUCACUGGAAAUAAAAUUCAACAUAUCAGGAAGAGGUACAGAAGCUAGGCGUUCCGCUACCCGAGACACACCGACUUUUACAUAUAUUUUUGAGUACAAAAGAUUUCUCAACUGGGGUGACAAUUACAGAGUCACACAUUCAAAAAACGACUAACGCACUUAAUGGACACUGUCCUAUUAAUUUUCACUGUAUACGUUCAACGAUCUUUGUUGAAGCUAUCGACAGAGACGAGGAUAAAUUGACAUGUCUACUGUCUCAAACUUACACUGCCGCUAUUUGACCGAUUAAGACCGCGCCCGUCAUUUGCGCUGAGUCAGACCUGGUAAAUGGCUGCCUGUUCGCGAACUCCGCCAUCCAGCUGGAGCCUGUUUGUUCCAGGAAAUCGAUGCGUCGGCGUGCGCCCAUUUCCGGACUAGUAAAUGCCUCACUGCAGUGACAGAUGGUGCCAGGUCGUUGGGCACUGAUGAACGUCAAUUCGAACUGCGCUCUGUGUGUGUGCGUGCGCACGAUUAAACUCCUUCCACCUUCGUAACGGGCUGCACUGUCAGCGCAGCGGAUCAAAACGGGAGCCACACGGUAAGCGUUUACCGGGCCCGUGACUACUGCCGUGCAUGCGCGUUACAAGCCUUAGACGGAGGAUCUUACGCCAAAUUAGCCACCGUGCCAAAGCUCACCACCGGUAUUCAAGCAGGGUGGGUCAGUCGACUAGAUAAUGGCACAAGAUGGAGUAAGAUUACCGACAAAGACCAGGGAGACUGGAAUGGCCAUUUCUGGCCUAUUAGCCGUCGUCAGCCAACCAUACCUAGCUCCGAGGUAUGGAACACCUGAGGCUCGAUCCCGCGACCUGCUUGAAGUCCAACGCCUCUAACCACUGGGCCACAGACUCGUUGUCCUGUCGGUUGCGAUCGGGAACCUAAGUGGUAGAGGGUCGCUCAUCGAUCCUGUUACGGAACUCACUCGUCCCGUGAUGUUAACAGUGGAGACAAUCUAUCUCCAUGAUGAUUAAGCGCCUUAGCUGCUACGGCAAAUCUGGCGUGCUGGAAUUUAUCACGAGAGGCGAGUAAUCGCGACUUGGAAGGUCACCAACUGACUAAGACUGCAAAUCAGCCUGCGACGACUCCUCUUACUGAGAUGCCUACGACCUAUUUAGAAGUUUAAAAACUUCGUCGUCAAUGAACAAAGCCCGAUUAAUAUGAUGCAAGGGCCAGGCCGUUUGUGGCACGCGUAGACGGGUGGCUCGUCUUUGCCAGUCACUUCUCUUGCGUCCACUUCCGUCCUGUACUGCCAUUGAAGCGAGGUAGGUGAAGGAAAAAAGAAUGGGAUAGAUGUGGUGUAGGCAGUCUUCAUCAUAAGCAAACUCAUUUAGAAAUCACCGCUGAACCAAUCUCCUGGGGAGUUGGGGAUGAGUCUUUUCGCUUGUGAUAGUCAGAAUAGCAUGCUUCUGGAUCCAGAUGGUUGCGACUGUUUGAAUAAAGACAAAACAGGUCCGAAACGGCGCUGUCUCUGCCAACCUAGAUUCUAUACUGCAUGUCUCUCGCUAGCAAAUCUUGAUCGACUUCGAUCUACUUUGAAUUUCCUGUUUGUUGCCUCUGUCACCUAUUCGAAGCUUAUUUUACGACUAAAGUCAGUGAACUAAUGUAUGGUUAUUCAUGCUUCCAUAAUGUUCUCUGAAAGGGGCGUACAGACGCUUUGCUUGAUAUUCCCAUUGCUCGGGAACCUUCUGCAAGGACGGUACUAUUAAAGUAUUUCGGUUUUAAAAGCAUUUGAAAUUGUGACAUUUUUCAGGAUUUAAAAUAGCUUUCCGUAAACAUUAUGUUCUAGAGUUACCAAACACUACUUAUGGCUACUUAUGAACACUGAGUGUCGCUUGAAAGGCAUAUCACAAAGACGUAAAUGUUUAUAACCCGACUUUAGUAAUGGAGCUUAGGGAAAGCCUUUCCAGAAAAACCUUACUAUGUCUGCAUUGUACUUAACACGAAUUCCCUGAUACACGUCAGUGCUUCAAAGUAAACAGUAGUUGUCAUUUAUGUGCCUACUGAUUACACCUGAGUAACAUUUUCAAAACAAUUUUGAAUCCUACAACCCGCUUCAUGCCGCUGACGGUAGUUGACCAGACUGUAAUGCAGACGGUUCACCUAACGGAAAUUACGAGGGACAUUUUGCACCAAAAGAUUGCAAAAAAACGUUACCCAGCUUUCACCUCAAAAAGGAGCCUUAAACAUCAUCACUAGCUCAAUUCAAGAAUAAGACUGGAGGCAAGAAUUAGGAAAAUUUGCCCAACGCGUAACUCAUGAGUCUCUUAGAGGACAGUCUUGAGACGAGCCACGCGAAACUAACAGGAGACAAACUUCCGUCGACAGCCAUACGUGCUAUCGUUGCCAGACAUUAACGUGCAGAGAAACCUCUACUCUUCCAAUAGCGGCUGCUUCGUAACUCACCUGGAAUGCUUUGGUGGACUUGCACAGCCAUUUAAAGACCUCGGAAACACACCCAUUGGUUAAGCUGUAAUGCAUUUUUCUAAAGAAAAUUGACGCAUAUUGACAACAGCAUGCUCAGGUAACAGCCAUAUUCUCAGAGUGUUUUAAAUCACUUGAAAUAGUGUAAAAUCUCAGGGCGCAGUGCAAAAGCAUCUUCAAGAAGUCAACCGAUGUUGCGUGGGUUUCGAGGUCUAUCUAUUAACAGUACUAAUUUUAUGGCGAAAAGCAGUAUGGAAAUGAUAGCAACAGCAGCAGCGGCAGUAAGAGCAACAGCAGCAGUUGAGUCAUCGUUUCUGGGUGACUGUUUUAACGUAAUCAUUUACAUGAUUUUUGGGGAAAAGCAUGUUUUGAUUAUCCCACAGUAAUGAUGACGCCUUGGUUUUUUUUUAGUUUUUAUUCUACGCGCUAAGAAUAAAUCAUUGUACAGCAAUGUAGGAGACACAUAAACUGCCACAGGCUGGUUUUCAAUGGAGUUUUGUCCCUUUUUUGCAGGGCUGUCGGCGGCAUGUUUGGCCCACGAACGCUCUGUUACACCCUCGAGGUUUCCUUCUACAGUUACACCAACUCCAAAGGGGUCACCAUCCCAUAUACGGAAGACCGAUGUAUCCUUUUGAGGCUAAAAUAGUCCUAUUAUUUUGCUUUACCGGUGGCUUAAUUUAAAAUAUGCAAAAACCUUUUUAGACUCCUGGUUAGCCGAGGGGAAGAGACACGUUCUUUACUCACGUUACACAAGUGACUGAAUAUUUGUCAGGGUUCGGUUAUACGUGCUCACCAUGAACUGCGAUGGACGUACCAUCUCAUGAAAUGUUAGCCAAAAUUCCGAAAUGCGUUUUCAAUUCGAGCAGAUAACCUAAGUAGGUCUGUGACAUUGGUUACCGUGUGGCAAAAUCCCAACAUAUUCCAGUCACAGCAGGAUACCGGCAUUUAAAUGAGCUUUUUUUCUGGCCGCCUGCAAAAGUCACACUAUGAAAGAUUAUUAUUUAUGUGGUGUGCACUUUUCCUAUCGAUUUUCUAUGUUUUUGUGAAAUCAAAUAUCAAAAGAGUGAGAUGACGUCAAAUGACACCAUUCUCUCAUUCGGUUCGAUCGUGAUCGCCCUUAUUUUGUCGAGGAAUUGCUCUGCUGCUGCUAAGAGAUGAACAAAAGGCCCUAAGGGAGUUGAAAGUGGACACCGAAAUAAUUAUUCUGUCUGCUGACAAAAGCCGGUCAACCGUUAUCCUUGACAAGGUUGAUUACCGAAACAAAGCCUUCUUUUACUCUUUCGGUAGAAAAUCACAUUGUCUUUAUAUUUUAUGCCCAAAGAAAGUGUAUAUUUAGGUUUUGAACACGUUUUCCAGUCCCCGAAUAAUUUUGAGCCAGAUCUGCCAUUGCAUUAGCCUUCAGCAAUUUCAGUUUACGACGUGCAUGCUUUCCGCGUAAGGAGAAUCAUAUAUUCCUCUAUGCCUUUAAGGAGAUACCAUAUAGAGUUCAUAAAAUUUUGCAAUGGAUCUGGACUGCGUUGUACAUUUCAUGAGAGGCCUUGGUAAAUGGACACGUACGAUGUUGUAUAUAUGGACAUUGCACGGUCUUAAAAAUCUCAUAAUUAUAAACUUUUUUAAAACCUAAAUAUGCAUUUUCUUCAGGUAUAAAAUAUGAAGACAGUGUGAUUUUCUACCGAAAGUGUAAAAAAGGCCUAUUUUGUGCACGUUUUCUAUAAAACAUAUUUUAAUUUGUAGGAACGUCGAAAAUCAGCACGAAAAAUGCAUGCAAUUUAAGUAGCCAUUUUUGGCAGAUCGCGGUUUCUGCAGAAGGUCAAAAAGGAGUGCAUCCAAAAGCCAACAACCUGGUGAGUCCGAAAUGCUGAAUGCUAGUCAGUAUUACAACCCCACCUAUGUAAUCUUUCCUAAUCUAAAACAAAUUUCAGAAUUUCGGCCAACACUUCAUGAAAUCGGUCACGCCUUAUCGCCAGGUCGGCGAUAGCCGUUGAGAGUUUUAGUUCGAAGCGCGUGCGUUUUAUGCUUUGUCCGUCCGCAGCUAGCUGGUGUUCGUGCCGCCUGCAAAAACUACACUCUGUAAAAGUGACUCCGCAAGUAGUGUGCAUUUUCUUAUCGAUUUUCGAUGCCGUUAUAAAUUCAAACUUGUUUCAUAGAAAACGUCAAUAAAAUAUUCCUUGUUUUGCUACUUUGGUACAAAAAUUACGUCUUUAAAUUUUAUACUUGAUGAAGGGCAUAAUUCAGCUUUUGAAAAGUCUUUAAUUAUUAGGUUCUUUAAGACACUGGAGUGCCAGUUCAUGAAACACUAUGUCUCUGCAUUUACUAAUUUUGUUGUUAAGUUUACAAUAUGGCUGAAAUCGACUGCUAAAUUUUAUGAACGCCGCAUGGUCUCUUGAUGGCGUAGUCAGCGUGUUUUCCUAAGCCUGGGUGUUUUAAUUUCUGAGGCUGACCGGAAGGCCUGGAGAUGGCUGCGGUUGGUCUGGGUUCACUUAUGUACAGUAUGUCUGCGAAGUCGCGCAAACUUAGGGAGUUAGAUGUGGCGACCAGUCGAGUAGGCAUCGGCAGUCGCUCACCCCCAGAUGAUCCUGUGUGGUUAUUGCCUCUGCUCACACCCACAACUGCACUCUAAUCACAUUUACCGUCGGGUAGAACGACGUGGGUCACCACUAGUGAAGUCGGGCCAGACCUCCGCACUGUUGCCUCGACGAUGGUCCUUCCCUCUUUAAUUGCCCAUCUGUCAUAAUUGAUAUUCCCGAUCACAACCGACAGGACAACGGGCCCGUGGCUCAAUGGUAGAGCGUUGAACUCCAUGACCAAAGAUCCUGGGUUCGAAUCUCAAGUGAUCCACACUUGGGGUUGGGUAUGACUGGCUGAUGACGGCUAAUAAGCCAGAAAUGGCCAUUCCGGUCUCCCUUGUCUUUGUCGGUAUCACCUUAACAACAUAUAUAUAUUUGUAUAUUUCUAUAUCAUGAUCAGUGUGUACUGAGACGGACAUAUGGCGUUAAUGAGGAAAUCGACCUGCUAGUGAGACGUGCCAAAUUAAGGAAAAUCGAGUGAACGUAGCAGUUAUUUCCUUCGCCUCAGUCACUUCAAAGUAGUCGGAAUAAAACCCAUUGAACUAACCAAAUAAUUGAUAUAACUUAGAGUUAGCGCUCAACUCACCUCUGCAUUCUGUUGGUGAGUUAUGAAACUUGCUCCCACUCUUUAACAUUCCAGGAAUUCAGAGGAGCAAUGCUUGGCUGAGAACGCGUUUGUGGGUGUGGCGUUCUGAGAGUACUUUACUGAAGGUAAAACCCAGCUCAGUAUAUUGGACCAGCGCUAAUAGAUCUGGCUAACCUCAAGGGUCAGUUUUAGAAUCCCUGCACGAUGCAUCAUCGAUGAGUUGGUGCCCUGUCAUCCUUGAAUGUCGCUACUGUCAGGUUCGACACUAAUGAAAACAGCCGCAAUCGCAUUUCCGGUAAAUUGAUUAUGGCUUCAUGACGAAAAGUCGAACUGCUCUUUUUGAACUCCAGACAGCUGUCCGAAUGUGGAUGGAGCGUCCACCAGCUUGCCCAGUCGAGGCACUCAUUUUGUCACAGAACACAUAACCCCUCGGCUUCUGCACUUGGAUUCGUUCGUCAGUUCUACCUGUGACUCCUCAGUUUGCUUCAUUGUGUCACAUGCACCGUUGCAUGACCCAGUCUAUGUGGGCUCCGUUUUAGUCCUCAAUCAGUCGUGACACUUUAAACGGCCCCCUUGCCUUUAAACCGUAUCCCCUUAAAACGCUUUUUUAUAGUACGGAGCAGUUCUCAAAGUCGCCUUUCAGAAUGCAAUUUGAACAAACAACAGCAUAGAGUAGAUGCGAUAACUCAUGAAAUGUUAAUCAAAAUUCUUAAAUGCGUUUUGGACUCGAAAAGACUACUUAAGAAGGGUUGUACUACUAAUCACCGCGAAGCAUAAUCCCAUAAUAAUGCAGUUAUCCCAGGAUUCCGGCUUUUGAACGAACUCCUUUUCGGCCACCUGCAAAAACUACACUCUGUAAAAGGGACUCCGCAAGUAGCGUGAAUUUUUCUUAUCGAUUUUCGAUGUACUUAUGAAUUCAACCUGAUUUCAUAGAAAACGUCAAUAAAAAUAUUCCUUGUUUUGUUACUUUGGUACAAAAAUUACGUCUUCAAAUUUUAUGCCUGAUGAAGGGCGUAAUAAAAAUCUCUAAUUAUUAGAUUCUUUAGGACACCGAACUGCCCUUUUCAUGAAGCACUAUGUCUCUGCAUUUGCUAAUUUUUGUUGAAAAGUUUACAAUAUGGCUGAAAUUGACUGCUAAAUUUUAUGAACUCCGCAGGGUCUCUUGAUAGCGUAUAGAAAUGUGUCACUUUGCGUACACGGAAAAUAUACAGAUUGUAGUUUGGAAACCUUGAAUGCAAGUUAAUACGGUAAGUCGGGUUGAAAAUUAUUCGGGAAUCGGAAAAUUUUUUAAACUCGAGUUAUAUCCUUCCUUCUAACGCGUAAUCAACAACGCAUUUUAAGUAACGGUCGAAAAACGACCGCAAAAUUGUCAUAUCUGAGAAGAUUACUCAGACUACAUUAGCUGUGUAAAUUCAAGAAAUUCUGACCGAAAUUCUAAAAUUCGUUUUCAGCCUCAAAAGAUCACAUAAGUAGGGCUGUAAUAUUAACCACCAUGUAGCACAGUCCCAUAAUAAUUCAGUUACUCCAGGAUGUCCGUUUUUGAAUGAACUUCUUUUUGGCCGACAGGUAAAACUACAUUUUGUAAAAGUAACUAUUUGAGCAGUGAGAUUUUUUCUUAUUGAUUUUCUAAACUCUUAUAAAUCCGAAUAUAUUUUGUAGAAAACCUGCGUAAAAGUACUCGUUCUUUUACUUAUUUAGUGAAAAAUUACGUUCUUUUCAAAUUUUAUGCUUGGAGGAAGGGUAUAAUUCAGUUUUAAAAAGUUUUUAAUUAUUGGAUUUUUUGAGACCAUGAAGUGUCCGUUCAUAAAACAGCGUGUCCCUUCAUUUACUUAUGUUAAGAUUUCAUGAGUUAGCAGGCCUACUGUACGCCUAAGUAAUCUUCUCGGAUAUGACAAUUUUGCUGUCCUUUUUAGACAAUUAUAUGGAAUGCGUUGUUAAUUACAUGUUGUAUCUCACCGUAUAAGAAAUCGUCGUUUUGUGCGUAGGUUUUAAAUUUAAUUCGUACGAAGUGUUUUGGAGGCGAUGGAUUGCAUGUACAGUACGUGACCUAUCUCAUGAAAUCUGAUAACGGAAACUGAUGCGAGAAUUUCUGGACGUCUUUAACGUUGCGCGUUUUGUUCGCCCAUCCACAUCCCUCAAUGAAAUGUCCUUUUCUUGCCUUCGUAAUUGUACCAAGUAAAGUGUCAGUAAAUUUUGACAGAAAUGGACGUUGGAAUAUGUUCGUGCAAUUUCCUAUGCUACUGCAUGUCCUAGACUUUGGUUGCGCAUCUGAGAGACUUUUUCAUUGAAAGGAUAGUAAGUUAUCCACGAGAGUGUUAAUAAACAGAUUUAGCCGAACUGUAAAAUUUAUUAUAUAUCCGAUGUUAACCAUGGUAAUAAACCUGCUAUCAUAAAGGUUAUUUUAAGAAAACAAUAGGUUUUAUCAUUUUCCAAGUGUCAAAUUAGCAGAUCUGUAUGAUUUGGUGCCCUAAAAUGCAGUACUAACGCAGAUAGGGAUUCUUUCUUUUAAAUGGGCUAAAUUGUUUUGCCGUUUGGAAAAUUCUGCCUGAUUUCACAUAAAUGACCACCACCGAAUGGUCAUUUCCAGUUUUGAACAUAUGAAACACUACUUGUCGUGUAGUUUAGUUUCUGUGCAUACCUUAUUCAGAAAUAAAACGACCAAAACAUUAAUAGUUUCAGCACAAUAUCAGUAUUUAUUUGGGCUCUCUGCCGUGCAUUCAUAAUCGAAGAACGGAGUCUAAUAGCGAGCGAAAACAGUGAAAAUGGCCUCAAUGUAUAGAGAAAAGCAUGUUCCUACGUUCACGGUAGAAAAUUAUUAGUAUUGUUUAGGAACGUGAAAGAAAAGCAUGAAGUAUUCAGCAAAAUUUCGAGGCCAAUCUGAAACUCGACGUAAUCCGAAACGAACGAAAAGUGUAAAUUAAUUUAUCGCAAUUGGUGGCCAGGCCCCGUAUAACAGGUGGCUGGGGGGUUUGCUUACUGGGGCUUUUUUGUUGGGCUACAUAAUUACGUCUUACCCAUUUGGCCAUGUCUAAUGACGACGGUUCCGUUUACGAUUUCGGUUAGGGUUAGGGUUGCAGGUAAGGUUAACGGUUAACGUUUAAGGUUGAGGUUAGGGUUAAGGUCGCAGUCCGCUUCUCCAUUCCUGGCUACCAUCUGCGAUCUAGCCGAAACGUUCUCUCCAUAAACACAAAGCGGUAUGUUUACGAUCACGCCGACUGGUCUCAUGGCAUGUCCACUUAUGAAAACCUUUGUUCCUACGACGUCCCAAUCGGUGAAAUCAAGCAAAAUCCAGUUCCUCUUUUUGAACCCCAUCUCAUUUAACUCAAAACAGUCAAGGAAAACACGAAUUCCUUGAAAAACUGUUUUGGAAUCUACACACAGUGUAGGCGGUUGACAAACCAUCAUAUAUGAAAUCGCACUGAUUAUUAAACGAUAUUAAGAGGCAAACUUUACUGAAACACUAUUAUUAGACGUUAUUUUAUUUCUUCUUUCAUAUUUACUACGUUUUUUUAUAAAAAUACAUUCUAUACAUCUAAAAACGAGUUUACUAAAUUAGAGCCAUUUCUGACGUUUUCGGGAUAUUGUGCUUUUCUAAAGAAGUCGGCAUUUCUAAACAACGCAACACUGUCUUAAAUAUUUAUUUUAGGUUUUUAAUUCUUUUAAACUUGUACUUAAUUAACAUAGACGUUUGACUCAUGAAAUGGUGUCGGUUUGCGAGUGGUUGGCAAUCAUUCGUAAAUUUCGACACGUGUCAUGAGUUAGGUCACUAACUGUACUACUUUGGUCCGCUUUCAACUUUCAACAAAAUUUGUGCCCAACACUCUCUUCUCAUCCUCCUUGACUUGGCCGUUACCCGUAGACUGCCGUCUAGGACGCAAUCUAGCCCUCACCUUUUACGAGUACUACCAACAUCAGGGACUUUUUGGCAAACGCGCACAUCGACGCCAACUUUUCACGCGAUCCCGAUCCUCAUCUUCGGGCAAUCUGAGUAGCACCGUUGUCGCUCCAGACAGACAUUCAGAUGGUGAAGAUCAGGUCUUACAGGAGCCAUUCAAACUGCCUCCUGGGAUAAAACGUCUUGAGGACAUCUCGACGCCCGAGUCGGAGCAUCCAACGCAGCAACUGUCUAGACGCGACUCGGACACCCUCAGUUUGCAGGAAACGGAGAUUAUUUUUGACGAUUUCUCCAACUGCUUUGAUAAGGCGGUUUCAUCGGAUGCCAAAAUGUGCAAGUAA